AUCACACACUCCCAGCUCCGAGCCGCGAGAGAGCGGAGCGAACCGAGCCGCUCACACGCCGCCGCCCCGUGCGCCCAGCUUUCCCCGCGCGGCGCUCCAGCCUGGAGCCGGUGCCCAGAGCGGCCGCCCGCGGAGCCCGCGCCGGCUCCCCGCUCAGCGGCAGCAUCCUCCCGCCGCCCGGCCCCCGCACGCUCCCUGCCUUUUAAAAGGACCUUCCGCCGCUCCCUCGCUCUGCCCCGGCAUCACCCCAGUUCCGCGCUUCUCCCCGCGCCACUUCGCAGCAACUUCGGCGGCCGCGCGCCGCCAGCCCUCGCCCGCCUUUGAAGUUUGCAGCGCCGGCCGCAAAGUUGAGACACUUCGGCCCAUUUCAUUUUUCUCCUUUAUCCGCCUCCUCCUCCACCCACCUCCCCCAAGUCCCUUUGGUCCCUGAGUACUGGUGCUUAGCAUCUUGGCCGGAGCCGGGGACGUGGCCCCAUCACACCUCGGGAAGGGAUAUUUCCUCUUCCCCCCAGGAAAACAGUUUUUUAAGGAUGCUGCCUCUCCACUGGUGCGUGCUGUGGCUUCUGUUACCACUCAGCUCCAGGACCCAGAAGCUACCCACUCGAGAUGAGGAGCUCUUUCAGAUGCAAAUUCGGGACAAGGCAUUUUUUCAUGAUUCCUCAGUAAUUCCAGAUGGAGCUGAAAUUAGCAGUUAUCUCUUUAGAGACACACCUAAAAGGUAUUUCUUUGUGGUUGAAGAAGACAACACCCCACUGUCAGUCACAGUGACUCCCUGCGAUGCACCCUUAGCGUGGACGCUGAGCCUCCAGGAGCUGCCAGAGGACGCGAGCGGGGAAGGCUCAGGGGAUCCAGAGCCUCUAGAUCAGCAGAAGCAGCAGAUCAUUAAUGUGGAAGGCACAGAGUUAUUCUCCUACAAAGGCAACGACGUGGAAUAUUUCAUAUCUUCUAGUUCUCCAUCUGGUUUAUAUCAGUUGGAGCUUCUUUCAACAGAGAAAGACACACAUUUCAAAGUAUAUGCCACCACAACUCCAGAGUCGGACCAGCCCUACCCUGAAUUACCUUACGACCCAAGAGUCGACGUUACCUCCCUGGGAUGCACCACGGUCACUUUGGCUUGGAAACCGAGCCCCACGGCCUCUUUGCUGAAACAGCCCAUUCAGUACUGUGUGGUCAUCAACACGGAGCACAAUUUCAAAAGUCUCUGCGCGGUGGACGCGAAGUUGAGUGCGGACGACGCUUUCAUGAUAGCACCAAAGCCCGGUCUGGACUUCAGCCCUUUUGACUUUGCCCACUUCGGAUUUGCUUCGGAUGCUUCAGGUAAAGAGCGCAGCUUCCUGACAAAGCCGUCUCCGAAACUGGGGCGGCAUGCCUACUCGAGGCCCAAGGCUGACAUUCAGAAAAUCUGCAUAGGAAACAAGAACAUCUUCACCGUCUCGGAUCUGAAACCCGACACGCAGUACUACUUUGACGUCUUCGUGGCCAACAGCAACAGCAACAUGAGCACUGCUUACGUGGGCACCUUUGCCAGGACCAAGGAAGAAGCGAAACAGAAGACAGUUGAGCUGAAAGAUGGGAAAGUUACAGAUGUGUUUGUUAAAAGGAAGGGGGCAAAGUUUCUACGGUUUGCUCCAGUCUCGUCUCACCAAAAAGUCACCUUCUUUAUUCACUCUUGUCUGGACGCUGUCCAAAUCCAAGUGAGAAGAGAUGGGAAACUUCUUCUGUCUCAGAAUGUGGAAGGCAUUCGACAGUUUCAGCUGAGAGGAAAACCGAAAGCCAAAUAUCUCAUUCGACUGAAAGGAAACAAGAAGGGAGCGUCUAUGUUGAAAAUACUAGCUACCACCAGACCCAGUAAGCAGUCAUUUCCCUCUCUUCCUGAAGACACACGCAUCAAAGCCUUCGACAAGCUCCGUACCUGUUCUUCGGCCACCGUGGCUUGGCUAGGCACCCAGGAAAGGAACAAGUUUUGCAUCUACAAAAAGGAAGUGAAUGAUAAUUACAGUGAAGACCAGAAGAAAAGAGAGCAAAACCAAUGCCUUGGGCCAGAUACAAGGAAGAAAUCAGAGAAGGUCCUCUGUAAAUAUUUCCACAGUCAAAACCUGCAAAAAGCAGUGACCACAGAAACAAUUAAAGGUCUUCAGCCUGGAAAAUCUUACCUGCUGGAUGUUUAUGUCACAGGACAUGGGGGGCACUCUGUGAAGUAUCAGAGUAAAGUUGUGAAAACCAGGAAGUUCUGUUAGUUACCUUGUAUAGAGAUAUAUCACUUAGAACUCCAGGAGAGACAUUAAAUCACUUUAAGUAUAAACUGACUACUCCCACAGCUGAGAGAAGUUGUGACCUGUACUUGUACUAUGGAAGAAAGGAUAUCAACUGGUGUAUAUUGAUGUUUAUAUAAGUAAUUGUUGGAGGAGACUUGGUCUAGUGUGCCCCAAUGGUACCUAGUGUGCAUCUGAUAUCCACUGAUGUCAAAGAGAAAGGACAUCUUGAAGGAACUGCCAUCCCUUGCUUUGACCACUGCAUGAACUGCUUCUAAAUUAUUUUAUCACCUAAAAAUUUUGAAUAUGCCAUUCAUUGCACACAUCCACAAAUGCAAAUUAUUCCUCUCAAUAGAUGCUAGGAUAUAUAUAAAUUAUUUUAUAAAGUCUUGUUUUAAAUGUCAGUGUUUCUAUGAUUGUAAACUAUUAAAUUCUUUUCCUGUUAAAGUACGGAUCUAAUCUAAGUAUAUUAAGUGGACAGCCCUUUAGUCAGUUCUAUUGCUAUUGUAAAUUCUUAUCUGUUGAGUAAAAUGUUUAAAUACUGUAUGUAUCUCAUGUACAAAGUUGACAUACAUUAUAUUCAUGUAUAUAAAAUUAAAGAUAUUAGAUUAUAUACUGUUCAUUUUCCCAAGCAGCUACCUUGGUGUAUUCAAUUUCUAUUCUGUCCCCCAAACUGCGCCUUUAUGUAAUUUUGCACCAGGUUUGACCCUUUUUUUAAUAGUUAAAAGGCAUGCUGCAUCUCUCUAAAGUUACUGUGGCAUUAGAGACAGUUAUUGAAAUUUGUAUUUUGACAUUGAAUAGGAGCUAGCUGUUGUGAGAAUUGAGAGCGCACCAAUGGACUUAGAAUAAGACAAGCCUCAAAAUACUGUAGCUCGAUAAGUAUUCAACAAAUCGUCCUUAACAACCUAAAAUAUAUUACCUCUAUUUUAAAAAUAAGCAUCUAUUUUAAGUACAAAAUUGGGAUAUGCCAAAUAUUUUCCAGCUGCUUGAAUAUUAGCAAAAUAAUUGUUUUGAUUUCUACUGGGAGCAACUAAGCAACCACCAAUUAGGACUGUAAUUAGUAAUGAGAAAAAUAUGGAAGCUGCUGUUUUGUAACAUUAACAGUCUGUUACUUUUAGCUUUGAUUUCUCAUGAAUCUUCAAAAAGUAAUUUAGGUGUAAGAUAAAAUUUAGGCAAAUAAUAAUAGAAACCUUCAUUUAUCAAAAACUCUUUACAGAGGGCAGUUUUAGAUAGUUUCAUUCUCCACAGGUUCUAUACAUGAUGUGUCAUGAAAACACUGGAGGAUUCAGAAGAGUCUGGGAUUUACAGUCAACUAGGCUAUGUGGCUUUAGGAAAAUCUGUUACCUCCCCUCGUUCCUCUUUCCCAUUUAUAAAAUUAGGUGGUGAUAGAUUUGGAUAAGAUGAUAUUAUAGGAUACCUUCUAUCAUGAGACGUUGCCUUUUGUAGAAUUCUAUGAUUCUAAAUUAGAAAGUGUUUCUGUAACUACAAGUGGGGCGGGUGUAAUUCCUUAACCACUACAUUUCCCCUGUGUGCUGACACCACCUUUCACGUGGUGGGCGUACAUGGGUAGCUUUCUUACGGAGUAUAAAGUCACUAUGCCUUGGGGAGUAUAAGUGGUGGUCCUUAUGAAAGGACCACCGCAGGAGAAAAUAUCCCCCCUAAAAAUGUGUCAUCCGGGCUUCCCUGGUGGCGUAGUGGUUGAGAAUCUGCCUGCCAAUGCAGGGGACACGGGUUCGAGCCCUGGUCUGGGAAGAUCCCACAUGCCGCGGAGCGACUAGGCCCGUGAGCCACAGUUGCUGAGCCUGCGCGUCUGGAGCCUGUGCUCCGCAACAAGAGAGGCCACGAUAGUGAGAGGCCCGCGCACCGCGAUGAAGAGUGGCCCCCACUUGCCGCAACUAGAGAAAGCCCUCGCACAUAAACGAAGACCCAACACAGCCAAAAAUAAAUAUAUAAAAAAAAAAAAAUGUGUCAUCCAAUUCAUCAGUGUUAAGAUAUCAAAACAAAAUUUAUCAUAUCUGUAUGAAGCAUUAUGACACCUGAAAUAAUUUUUUAAAAGGAAGAAAGAGCAUGUCCCCAGUGACCACAUAACCAACCAACUUGGAAGGAGAACUUUAGAAUUGACAAUAUCCCAGAGACCUUCUUAUCCUAAGUUAUAAAUACGGUGCCUUUGGAAGGAGAAUCAACUUUCUCAUAUUACUCACCAAUAUAUUAUUACAGAGCAAUGUGCUAAAUGGGACUACAGUGAAUCAAAGAGUUAUUGCAGCUUCUGAAGGUGAUGGACUUAACUCUCAGAUAUUGCUAAAUGCCUGGGAAACGCUGGGAGCCAGGCCAAGUCAAUUUAACCAAGCUUUUAUUUUUCAGCCAACUGGGAUGGCAGUUUCUAUGUAGUCUGGAUAUACCAGAGAAUUCUUUCAUGGUCCCAGUGAAAUUUGCCUUUUAAAAGUUAUGGGAAAAUUAAACACACAUUGUAAAACUUCUAUCACUCAUAAAGGAAGAGAGAAACCUAUUAAAAAUAAAGCUCUCUUAUUUACUAAUGUGUUUAGAUUUUAGGAGCAUUCAGGUAAACUGAGGACAAGAAAGAAAAAUUUGUUCUUAAUUAACAAAAGAACUAGAAAGCUAAUAUGAAAGCACCACCUUUUCUCCAUUAAGCUCCGGGAUAGCUAUAUUGAGAACAGGGCAUUUAGAAUACCAAGUAUAGCCAUAGUAUCAUUGAGGAGGGAGGAAUCUCUAAGGACAUUUUAUUUGAGUUCACUAUCUUUAUUUUUCAGGUGCAAAAGGAAAUUGAAUACCAGAGAAAUAAAAAGAAAGUUCUCAUAGUCGAAACAAAUAAGCAAUAGAAUUGCUUAGACUCCAAAAUCCUUACUAGAAUAUAAAUCACCAAUUCUUAGGGAAAAGAAGUCACUUAUGGAUUAUUUUCCAAAAGAAAUAAAAUUUUUAUCUUAUUUAUGACUUCAAAGCAACUCAUUCUUAAAGACCAUUUCAAAUUUCGUUAAGACUGUGUGUGUAACCUAUAACUGACAACUUCAAACUUGUAAGAAAAAAAAAUUUAUGAUUAUUUUUAGAGACAGAAAGUAUUCUAAUCUAGGUUUGCAUGUACACACAAACUGAGGCUGUUAAGUUCAUUAGUCAAUUAUUUUAAUCUAAAACUAUUCAGAAUCUAUAAAAGUUUAUAGCAGAUGAUUUUCUUGCUUAAGUUAUAAUCAAUGUCUAGAUUAAUUUUUUAAACAUGCAUCAGAGGAUUAGUGCUGGAAAGGAGAUAUGCAUUGCUUAUUUUAGUUACUCAGAAUGCACUUGGAAAAUUUACGAUUUUUGUAUCCUGAAAAGCCAAAUGAAGCGACUUCAAAUAAAAAAUCACUUAGAUGAACUUUAGAGAUUGAAAUCAGUUUUAAUGAUUUUUAAUAGUUUGGGAGGUCCAGACACCAUUGAAAAUACACACACACAUACACACACACACGUUUUGAAUACAGUUCAAGGAAUUUGUUGGACCUGAAACCAGUAGGAAUCUCUUCCAACACAUUACUAAUGCCUCUUAGAGAUCACCUAGUUCAACUAUCUCAAUUUAUAGAUGAGGAAAUUGAGGCUCAGCUAAGACUAGAACCCAGAUUCCUGUACUCCCAGUUUAAUGUUCACUCCAGGAGUUCAUUUUAAACACUUUUUCACUCCAGAAGGCAUGCAGCCGCUCACCCAGACCAUGCACCUUUGUCUCUCUUCACUGGCUGGCUUCAAAACAAAAACCAGCAUCUGACUUGAAGAACAAGGUCAUUUGGAGCUCUCCAGCCACUUCCUUCCCCACUUAGAUAUGGUGCAAUAAAGUCAGCUGGGAACUUGCCUUUGGGUCCUUCCCCGAGGACCAAGCAAAGUGACUUCAGCCCGUUUUCAGCUGUCCUCUGUUUGAAGUUGUCCGCAGGACCUGGGAGACAUCAGGACACACUCAGCAUUGUGUUUUUCCCAGAGAGUUUUGGCCAGAAGAAUAUGCAGUAGCUUGGGAUUUUGGUCUUUGUUGUUGUGAAGGUGGGAAAUGGGAGGAGAACAGAGAGAGGAAAUGGAGCAUGGAGGAAAGUAUAGUUUUAUCUAAUUUCUUUCUCAAAGUGGUCUGAGAGAUCAAGGGAAGUGAGAGAUCUAAUACAGCUUAAUUUUAUUAAGGUUUUGGAUUCUGUUCUACACACAACCUGACACUGGAAAAUUUGAUAGAUCAUCAUCCACUGUAUUAAAAUUGCAUCCCGCUAUUUGCUAGGAAUGGUUGAUCAUGUAUCUGGGUGAGAUUUCCUUCAUUUCUGUUUGUUUGCAUUCCCCUUCCUCAACCUUUGAGAAAUAAACUUAGUAAUCAAAGUUUAGAGAUGAAAUUACUUAGAAUGGCUUUUCAUAUCCACCCUUAUACCUCUUUCAAAGAUAUUUUACAAUAUUCUUUCAAAGUAUAAAAUAUAUAGAAGGCUAUUGAUCGCCGUCACAGAAAAAUAACUGGUUCCAAGAUGGAAGAGUGCAAGGCCUUAGGGGUAGUUAUGUUGCUAUAUUGUCAUUAUUCAGAUUCUAAUGAAGAUAGUGUGGCAUCAAGUGUUAGAGGGGGAAGAGAGUAGUGCCGGGAGGGACAUUGCAUCCUAGUAAAGGACCCCUUAGAAAACAGAGAGAAGAAUGAAUGUAACUUGUCAUCCCAUUGCCCCACAGGGGAGAAUUUUCAGAAAAGUGUAAGGUUUUCUGGAAACUUGUUAGAAACUUAGAGUCUAGAAACUUUGAAGCAGGGGCACGUCAAGCAGGCUCCCAGGAUGUGGACAUGUCCCAAGACUUCAGAAUUUGAAAUAAUUUUAUGAAUUCAGACUAAGGUGUAAAACAAAGAAGUCACAGCAGAUGGGUUCUUGUUAUGGGUGAUGAGAUCCAGACAGAACAGUAAAAAAAAUAAUAAUAAUAACCAUCUUACAACUAAGAGAAGCGAUGAAUGCAUUGCUUUGUUUUUGAGUCCGGUGCUAUCGUCAGAAAGUGAGCUUUAAGAAGCAAUUUCAAAAUUUUUCCAGUCUCUCUCUGCUUGUGUAAAUACUUGCCAAUAUUAAUAUCCAAUCAAAUUGUCAUAAUUUGGAGAGGAGCAAAUAUCCAUUUCUUGUCUAUGGUUAGCCCUUGGUAUAAUCUUUCUACAUUGUGUAAAUAAGGCAGCACAGAAUUAUAUAAACAGUUGUUUUAAGAUACACUUGACAAGACUCCCAAAUGUCCAUAUUUAAUUAUAAUUCUAACAGGAUUUUGCUUCUGAGAAAAAUUAUUUGUAAUAAACGGAACCAAGUACAUUAAUACAUAGCAGGGUUAGAAGUUUGACUGUUCAGUCUCAUCCCUUCCUAUAAAAUGAACUCUGACCUAUUAAAUAAAAUUAACAUAUUGCUACUUUUACCAUGCAGGUUGGAAAAUUUCCCCAAUGCCAAAUCAACAAGCAGUUUUUGGAAGCAGUUUGUUACCCUCAAAAGCCACAGAGAUGUCACAUAGGCCUCUGCAUUUGACUGACCAAUUUUGUGCCCUUCUGUGGGUCCAUAUGGUUAAAAUACCUGGAUUGUGGCUGAACCGUUCAAGAGUUAUAACCACAGAUAUAGUUUGCUGUGUGAGCAAUUUGCUAAGGGCAACUGGUGUAGUCACAGAUAUGGCCCAUUUCCAAUGGUUGUGUCUCCAAGUAUCAGAGCACCCACAAGUAGCCUUAGUGACAUCUAAAGUUUCCUGGUGCUUCUGGAUGUAGUAAGAACUUUACUUGAGACCAGCGAAGAGGCAAGUGAAACAACUGAGAGAGACAAAUAAAGGUACAAAUAUUUUUAAAAUAACCAAAUAAAAUUCAACCAAUUUUACUAUGGUAAAAUGUCAUUUUAAAAACAUGUUUUUAAAGAAAUAACAUACUCUUUUAGCUCUUUUUAAUGGUAGUGUUGAAUAUCUCCUUCCUGCCAAAUAAAGCUUGCCAUUCUUCCUCAAAUAAAGAGGCCAAGGGUAAAUUACAGGUUGCCCAGUUCUGACUUUUUCCAUCACGCACAUGAUCACGGGUUCUCUUGGCUUAUCCACAGGUGAUCUUCAGGUAUGGAAAAAGAUGACAAAGCUAUGAAAGCAGGGUAAGAUCCCAGCACUUACAUUUAAAUUACUUGCAUUUUGUGCAAGUUCCGUUGACUAAUGGAAGAGAGCUGGGCUUCAAAUACAGCUGUGUGCUGAGCAAACUUCACUGCUCUGAAUACUGAACUCCAAUUCCUUUGCGGAUUCCAUGGGCAAGCAUUCCGAAGGCCUGAGUUCAAAUGUGCAGAUAAAUACUCAGUGCUGGAGUUUUUGGUGCCAAAGCAUACAGAAUACUUAUGUUCUGCUAUGGAAAUCUUGGAAGAACAGAACUUCUGUUUUUAAUAUCUCUGAGGAUUUAAAACAGUUCUUAGACUACUUAUUACCUUUCAUAAAACGUAUACCUCCUUUAAAAGUCUCUUGGUGGCUUACCUAUAUUUAAAAAAAAGAAAACAAUACUUUUUGAUUCCACUGAGUUUUCUCUUCUCUAUUGAAGAUAAACAAGCUAAUAAGAGAAAGGACAGCAGUGAAAAGAGUGUAGAAAUGGGACUCAGGAUGUGUGGUUUUUUUAACUUCUGUGGUCUUGAGCUUUCUCAUUUGUAAAAUGAGAAGGGUGAUGAUCUCUUAAGAUUCCUUUUGGUAAAUCAGGGAAACUAACAACCUUUAAGCACAUACUGAGUGCCAGGCAUGUGAGAUACAAUUAUUUAAUCCCCAUAACAACUCUGAGAUGAAGACAUUAUUGCAGUCUCAUUGAACAAACAAAGAUCCCAAAGAACAAAGAAAUUACAUAAUGUGCUCAAGGUCACAAAUUGAAUAAAAAAUGGAUACAUCUGACUCCAAAUGUAUGCAUCUUUCUAUUUCCAUUUGUGUGGUGUGAGCUCUAGUGCUUAUUAAUGAACUUACAGAAUAGAAUACAUGAGGAGACAAUUGAUUAAAAUGGGGAAAAUUUAAAACAUAUUCAAAGGUUGGCCUGGACAUUUAUCAACAAAUUAUCUUUGACGUGGAUAAAUAUGAAGACCUAGAGACAAAAGAGAAAUAAUUCACAAAGGAUCACUAAGUUCCUUUUACUGUGUAGGAUUUCUCCAUUUAAUGAUGUCUUAUACUAUAUCACAACAACCUUUCUUGCUAUUUGCUUAUAUAUCUCAUUAUACAGAAUUUGCUGUAAUGCUUGCAUAAGAUAAAAUGUGUCUGUAAUAUGAUGCCAAUAAACCUUUAUUUAAU